AUGUUUCUGUGCUUUUGCGGGCAUCAUGCUUCAAGUCGAGCGCUGCAGUGUCGAUUCCAAAGAUCUGGCGAAACGAUCACGCGUCACUUGCGCGCUGUCCUCGAAGCAGUCCGUCGAAUGAGCGCCACAUACAUCAAGCUACCAACUGUCGGCCUGCCUGUCCAUCGACGAAUUUUGGGGAACCCCAAAUUCUUCCCCUUUUUCGAGCACUGCCGCAUGGCCAUAGAUGGUACACACAUUCCAGUCUCAGUCCCUGCAGAUGUUGUUGCGCGGUUCCAGAGUCGCAAGGGCGUUACAAUGAACGUCCUAGCCGCAUGCGACUUCGAUCUGCAGUUCACAUUUGUGCUUGCGGGGUGGGAGGGCACGGCUGGUGACGGCAAGCUGUAUGAGGCAGCUCUUCGAUCGGGUCUCACGGUGCCGGCCAACGCGUACGAUAUCUUGGACGCUGGUUUCGGCCUGACGAAGUCGUGUUUGACACCUUACCGAGGCACCCACUACCACCUGAAGGAGUAUGGCAAAGGUUCACAACGCCCUCGGAACAAGGAAGAACUGUUCAACCUUCGUCACGCACAGCUCCGCAACGUCGUCGAAAGAAUCUUCGGCAUCCUCAAGAAGCGGUUCCCUGUCAUGUCAUACCCAGUGGAAUACGACUACCAGUUCCAGGUUGACCUGGUGAUGUCCCUGUGUACUUUGCACAACUUCAUUCGACUUCAAAAUGUCCAAGACGAUUUUGAACGUCAAGCAGAUGCCGACCUUCAAGCCCAAAUCGAGCAGCCACUUCUGCCUGAAGACCAGAAUGUGUGGAGCUGGAAAGGGAAGAAGCGAAACGUUGGCGCGACGACAUUGCCAGGCGCAUGUGGGACCAGUACAUGGCAACAUUGA